CGGGGGGCUGGUGGAUCAGAACCGCGGACAGCUCCUUGGUGAAAGCAGCUCCAGGAUAACACGUCAGAUGAGAUUUGACAAGCACUCUAGCGUGUUCUGGCUGGGUCCAAGUUCUGCACUGGAAGCUCCUGCACAAGCUGGAAGAAGCUGGAUCUUAAGUUUUUACGUGGAGUUUUCUUGCUAUUCUUUUUAAUGCAACUAGGUUCUUCUGUUGGUUCUGGCCAGGAUGGCACCAACAGAAUCGUUUAAUAUGUUUUGGAUCAUUCUCAAGCUUUAAUUCCUUGCAUCUUCCAAGGGACACCCUGACUGACAGGUGAUGGAUGGAUGAUGCCAGCAUCUUUGGGGAACUUUUGCCUCUCCAUCUUCUUCACACAAUUUUUCUAAAAGGUCUCCUUGCAGCUUUCCCCCACCAUGGCGCUUAGUGUAAACUGCAGGACUAACCCUAAAGAUCAGGUGUCAGUCCAAAACAGUUUCCCCGAUGUUCUGGAACUAAACGUGGGCGGCCAGGUUUACUACACUCGGUAUUCCACUCUGGUGGGUACUCCCAGUUCGCUGCUCGCCAAGUUGUUCUCUAGGAAGGACGCCUCUAACGACUUGGCCAGAGACCUCAAAGGUCGUUAUUUCAUUGACCGGGAUGGUUUUUUGUUCCGCUACGUGCUGGACUACCUCCGUGACAAGCAUGUCGUUCUCCCAGACCACUUCCCGGAGAAAGGUCGGCUAAAGAAGGAGGCAGAGUACUUUCAGCUCCCUGACCUAGUGAAGCUGCUGAGCCCUGACGAGCUGAAGCACAGUCCGGAUGACUUCUUCCACAGCGACCAUGAAGACAGCGACCCUCGCCUGUGCCCGCCGCCCUCCUUGGUGCCCGCGGACCGGAAGAGCGGCUUCAUCACAGUGGGCUACCGGGGCUCAUGCACGACAGGCCGAGAGGCUCAGAGCGACGCAAAGUUCCGCAGAGUCCCACGGAUCCUCAUCUGCGGACGUGUGGCCUUGGCUAAAGAGGUCUUCGGGGAGACCCUGAACGAAAGCCGGGACCCAAACAGGACCCCGGAUCGCUACACUUCCAGGUUUUACCUGAAGUUCAAGCACCUGGAGAGAGCCUUCGACAUGCUGUCAGAGUGCAGCUUCCAAAUGGUGGCGUGCAACUCGUCAGUGACAGCCUCGUUUGUCAGCCAGCACAGCGAGGAUAAGGUCUGGUCCAGCUACACCGAAUACGUCUUCUACCGUGGUCCAUCACGUUGGUCGUCCCCUCCCUGCGACUGCUGCUGCAAGAACCACAAGGGCGAAGGCGAUGGCGAGAGCGGCACUUCUUUCAACGAGCUUUCCACCUCCAGUUCGGAAAGCCAGUCCGAGGCCAGCUCGCCGCAGGGGACGGUCAUCUGUGGCCCCGUCAGCCGUCAGCCACACCCACACGCUAACGUCCAAACCCUGGACAGGCCACUUAAAAAGGGCCCGGUCGCCCGGCUCCAGCAGUCGGAGCAACGGAGGAAAAGCGAUCUUUUGCGUACGCUGACAUCUAGCUCGCGCGACAGCAAUGCGUGCAAGAAGAGGCCGCCCAAAGAGAAGCUGACGGUGGAGGAAGAGCUGCAAAAGUGCAUUCAGGACUUCCGCAAGAUCAAAAUCCCUGAGAGGUUUCCUGAGAGGAAGUACAUGUGGCAGGCGGACUUGUUGAGAAAAUAUCGUCUCUGAGCACACUGCAAACACACCCUUGAGGGCCAAGGAUCUGUUUACACGUUUAUUUCCUUGUGACAACAAAAACGGAGAUAAUUAAAGUCACUCACUCACCUUUAUACCAGUCAGUUGAACAGCUACAGUACACACAGUGAAGCUCAAGAAGAGCAUAAAAAACAGACUGUUCUCUUAUUGACGUAAUGUAUGUAGUAUGUGUGUGCAUUUAGUUCCAGCCCACUCUUGAAUAUGUGCAGUUAUCUCGCUCAACGAUUCACAGCUUUGAAUAAUUUACGAGCGGACCAAAGAGAGCCAGAAGAUGGAUGAACCAAGAGACGGCUCGGUAAUGGCGACACUGGAGUGUUAUUCAGAAAAGCACACUGAUACAUCAUCAUUUCCCCUAACGUCACAAAAAACAGCAGCACAGAGAACCAUAUGGGUACCAGUAUUUUUGUACAAACUUAAAACAAUAUCUGUCCACAGCAUCAGAGCCAGAAACUUUUCAUUGGAGUGGCCAAGGUGAGACCAUUACUCACAUAGGGGUGGUCAAGAUGAGACCAUUACUCACACAGGGGUGGCAAUAAGUUGAUACCUGAAAUGUCUAGAUGGCCGGUGGGGUGGCCGGAGAGUGACCAGGCCACCCCGUGGUUCUGCCACUGGUCCACAGGUCCAAAAGGAGUUUGGAGGCUCUCAAACACUGCUGUCUAAUUAGCAUUGGGACAAUUUUAGCUAAUCUGUAUUAGCUAAACAAAAACAAGUUAAAGUGAAUGAUACUAAAGUUGAAGUUAACCCGAAUAUCACACAAAUAGUCACUAAAAAGUGAGCUUAAAAACAAAAACCCCUGUAACAUAACGACACACAACUAUCAUAUCUGUCAUACCAAUGUUCUCUAAGUUUUAUAACCAUUCAACAAAUGUCUCACCCUCUGCAAAGCCGUUUUACUUGAUGGCAGCCAAUUUUUUCAACCAAUCUUGCUCAAAUUUUACAGACGUGUGCUUGUCAGUCCCGUAAAGGUGUGUAUCAAAUUUUGUAGUUAUUCUGCUAAAUACCCGGAAGUUACAGUGGGUGUUUGGUAAGCGCAUUGAAAUUCCAAGUCAAUCCGACUUGUGGGGGUCAGAUUUUGGGGUUUACUAACCACCAUGUGGUGCAUUUGUCAGAAAAAUAAUAGCAGGCAACACAGUGGAGGUGAAGGUUUUGAAUCAUUUUCACCGUUUUGUGUGCAGUGGUUGGUUAGCUAGGUGGGUAACUAGGUGGCCUAUAGGUCAAUCUCCAUAGAGGUCUUACUAUGAAUAGUGCUGCUUGGGUACAUGUUACUAUUUUAUUUUAUUUGUAUUUAUUUAUGCUUUUGCAUUUGCUUACAUCAGAAGGAAUGGAAUUGCUGCAAUUUCAUCAGCGCCCAGAUGAACAAAUGAACCCCCCCUUUCCAAUAUGAGUUCUACGGCAAAAGGCGCCCCCGAGUGAAUCACAUUGCUGUGAAUUGCUUUGGCUUCUGCAGAGCAAUUUCCGAGAUGGGCAAUAAAGCGAAGGUUUUGAUGGUCAAAUCAUAGAGAAAUACACGGGUUCAAUAAAAGCUCUGAUGGAGCACACCCACACAAAUGUUUCAGUUUAUAUUACAUGUGUUUAUUACAUUAUCAACAGCUCAAAUAACCACUGUGAAUUCAUUAAGCCAUUAAAGCAUUUGUGCAACAACACUUUCGACAAGAUACAACCUUUGCUAACUUCCUCGGCACACACACACACACUGAUGUUCUCUACCAUUCUCCACUGACUGUUGUCAAGAUGAUCAAUAGUUAUGGAUGAGGGGCUCCGGUGACAACACUGAUAUGUGGUUCUUGUUUACAGUUAUUAAUGAACCUGACAAACCCCCCUAUUGACGGAACAAGUACUGUAAAUUCCGGACUAUAAGUCGCUACUUUUUCACUAGUUUUGAACCCUGCGGCUUAAACAAUGAUGCGGCUAAUUUAUGGUUAAAAAAACUACAGUCCCCAUAAUGCCUAGAGUGCAGAUUUAGGAAGUAGUGAAGUGGACGCUAAUAUCAUGUGUUGGAGUCUUAUGUAGCAAUCGUGUUUUGAUCUGACAAAUCUUAAGUAAGUUUGAUCAAAUGUAGAAUUACUACAGCUUCUGCUUGGACUGUUUGGCAGCUGUUAAACUCUGCUGAAAAUAAGCAUCUCACUCAUCGGCGCUAACGAGUGAUACUGGGGACACAGAGUUUAGGUAGGAUUGCAAAGUUUAUUACGGUAUUUCAUGUGUCCAGUCAAACAGACAAAUUUUUACGAAAGCAUAAACCAAAAACCUCGGCCCACAUGUACACUAUACCGCCUCUGAGCCGCACCUAGCUAGAUGAGCCCGCCCCAGGUAUACAACCACAACAGGCUUUGUAACACAUCUUAAAAUAAAAGCCUCUAGAGUGUAAUGUUAGCACUGUAGCUCGCAUAGGUAUGAUACUGUUGCUAACGUUUGUGUUCUCCUGUCCUACUUCUUAAUGUUAUGUUGUCUUAUGUGAUAUAUGGCAUCUAUUACGUUGGACAAAUGCAUAUUUACAGUAUAUUUGUAAAAUGUGGAUAAAGUGCACAACAGUGCUUCUUGGAGACAAACACAGCUCAUUAGCAUAAAAGACACAGACACACAAAAAGGGUGUUUCAAGGCAGGCUUAAUAAACUUAAACUGUCUAAAUUCCAGAAUCAAGGCUAACAGCACAAUAUGGGACCUUUUAUGUUUUAAUAAAAGCUAUGAAACUAACUCAAAUCGAUCAAAGCAUUUUAUAAAUUUAAAAAAGUAUACUGUUUAAAAUAAAAGCACAAAUAAAAUGCUUAUGUUAAAAAAGACAAUGCUAUGUUAAAAUAAAUUGUUGAAAUGAACUUAUUUUUCUACGAACAGACUUUUAGUGUAAUAAGCAUCCUUAUAUUAUCCAUAAAAUGUAUGCAGAUAUUGAUUCAUGACCAGUUUAGCUUAAAUUUAAGUCCAUGAUUGUCACUUAUUUUUUUACCUUCAGUUUCAUUUCUCUCACCAUUCCACAUUAAACUAUGUCAUCAAAAGAAUGUAUCACAUGUAAAUAAAUACCUUAAAUCUAACCAUCUUAAAUGUAUUGUACAUAACAUCCAGAUUUAUUGUAUACAGCACCCACUGACAUUAAUGUGAUCCACCAUUGUUUUCAUGUUGCUCCAUCAAGGAUGCAGGGGGAAAUACAAAACGCACAGCCCUAAAAUAUCACAUAUAGUACUGUGGUAUAUGUAUGAAAUAUGACCCAGUUGUAAUACUGUUCCUGUCAGGCUGGAUGCUGCUGACAUUUCACUAAUAUUCAAAUGGAUGUAACUCGGUCUAGAAGCUGUUUUCAUUCAGAAUACCUCGAGUGUCGAAUGUGCAUUUAGGAAAGGAAGAAAUGAUGCAUUUACUGUCAGUCAGCGUGCAUUGAAAUACUGUCAAACCUGUUUUUCUUUCUACCAAAAAAAUGCAUUCCGAAUGAGACCAGCUUCUGUGGCGACAUUCAAAAAAAUCACUUUAUCAUCCCAACAAAAACGGAUCAGUCUACCACAAAAACACACUCGUCAUGCUCAGAAGCCUUCUCGUGCCUUGUCGUCGGUAGAGCUAGGAAAAACUGAGAACCAAACGUGAACACUUAGAUGUUAAUUAGUAAUAAUAACCGAUCGAUUGGUCAUAGUGGGUAGCAAUUUAGGCAACAAGGAGUGCAGUACUUGGCUGCAACCUGCAGAGGCGCUGUUGAUUCAGUCUCAAAUAGCUUGCCGUUUAAAGAAGGGUAAGGUCAGCUAUGCUACUGUUACACUGAAGUGUUAAAACAGUUGAUUAUUCCUAAGAUAAAAAUAUUUAUGUGAAAAGAUUUUUAGGGGUGGACCGAUAAUUAUUGGGCCAAUACGAGAAAUGAUGAUGGUGUCAUACCUGAACAGCUGCAAUAACCGAUAAAAACAAAAUGCCUCAAUGAGGCAAGAUUACUCGUACGUGCUGUAGGUGUGUUAGCCUGAGCAAAUCAAACGCGCCUUUUCCAUGACAUGCUGCAAAAAGCCCUUCGUGACUUCCUCUGAGCUCACUUGUAAACAAACAUCGUCGAUCGUGUGGGACUUGUCACUGUUUCAGAGGAAGACAUUUAGCCAAAUGGUAUACAAACAUUCCACAAUGAGGGGGAAAAAAAGAAUUGCACAUCAAAACAUCAAACCAAGCCUGGGGCUUGUUUCUAUCGCCGCUGCAUUUGAAAAGUGCAAAAAAGUUUGCCAGAAACCAGAGGGCUAAAGCGAUAUAUGCUUUCGUCAUGGAAAUGAUGCUGAUAGACCAGAUGUUUACCUUUGUUGAAGAUACCUGCUUUUGUAUAAUAAUAAACUCCUUGACCCGCCGCUAUUUUUUUUCAUGUUUUAAUAGUAUUGAUGUCAUGAUGUUUAGUAGGGACAAAUCUACAGGUAAAGUUUGUCAAAUCCACAAACACAGUUAAAUCUACAUUUAAAAAUAGAUAUACAAAGUUAUCGGCAUUGGUCUUGAGAAGCCGAAAGCUAUCGGUAUCGGCUUGAAAAAAAAAAUUGUGUAUACCCAUAAAAACACCAAUUUUUCCAAUAGAUGAUCAAAUAAAGUUACAAAUAAAUGAUCAACAAAUAUAUUGCACAACACAGCAUCAAGAGAACCAAUGAUGUAAUAGUGGUCAAGCGCAAACUGCUCAGCCAGGAUUACUAGCGCAGAGGAGUUCAUAGUAAACAACAGUAUGGCAAGUGUAACACGCAGCACAUGCAGAGACAAAGCUGCUGGGUACUGGCCACUCAUUAUACAGUACUUCAAAUGCAGAUACUGUCACAUUGUGGAGUUAAUAAAAAACUACAUCAGGAGGUUACCUACAGCCACAGAUAUUAAUGGCACUAAUUAUGGAGACCCUGGCAGUGCAGCAUUCAUGGUAGUCUGCAGCUCAUUGUUUCUUGUUUCCAACAAAUAUGAACAUCAUUCUACGUGACAAACUCUAUGUACGCCAUCUGGAUAGGGCAACCAAAGGCCAAUGACUUCCUUGUGUUGCUUUACAGUGCACACCAUUAAAUAAAUGCAUUUCAUUUCUAUAGUUUGUCAUUUGCAACACAAUUUGUGUAUUAUAAGGACUAAUUCCUAGGCAAGCAGGUUCUGUCCAUUGUGCACACAGAACGUAAUUUUACAGGUAUUAGUUUGUGUUAUAAUGGAGGUGAAAGAAAGGCCAUUUGUGGCUUCAGGGGAUGCAGCACGUUUUGUGAUGAACAGCUUCCAAUGACAACACCAAGGGAACAUCCAGGGCGUUAAUAUAAACAAGAAAACAAAUCUCAAUACAUAAGCUGCUCCUCAGCUCUCAUUAACGUGAGGCAGUCUUGUUCAAUUUAGGUCAAUGCACAGAACAAAAAAAAAAAGGCAUUCAGCACGUAGAACUCCUGCAAGGCCAGGCAAUCCUAAAUCGGAUCAGUGCCAAAUUUUACAUCUUACUAAGAAAUUAGAAAAAAAAUAUUAAAAACAGACAAAAAGACGCACAUCUUCACAUAAUCCUGCCAACUAACACAAACUCCAGUGGAAAUAAAAAUGAAAUUUAUUCCUAACUAUAGCAAUUUAGGACAGGAAGACGGAAUGAUUAGGUUACUGCUGCUACAAUCAAUGAAUACAUAACACAUCUGAACAUCCAUCCAAACUGUGUACUUGUGCAAUAAAGAGAGCAUUGUCGACUUAAUGAGGCGGGAUCUCUUGAUUUUGACCAUCAAAUAGAUGUCUAAUAGUGCAAGAUAUUAUGAAAAAUCGGUAGUAAAUGGACAUGAUGGUGGUAAUACCGCCAAUGGAUUAAAGCCAUACUGUAGACUGGAUCAAGUAAGAUAGACUCAUAAAAGACACAAAACCGUACAAUAUAGCACCAUCAUAUCAGAUCAUUAAAAACUCAUCACAUACUGUAUUUGUCCAACCGGCAAGGAUUUUUUUAUUGACUCAAUGAAUAAAAUGCUGUUUUAUUUCAUGUAUUUCUUCAAUUCGCCACAAACCCGGAAUGACCCAAUUAUAAGACUUCUAUUUAUGCCCUAGAAAGAAGUCUGAAAAAGACUGGUCGUCUUGUAUCUAGAGACUUAUACAUGCAAACCAGCAGUUGACAAACAAUUCCCUCCGCAAGCAAGUCAAAGCUUUUCUGCCUGCCACUCUCACUUACAAGUGACCCACUGGAAAAAAAAGUGUCUCAAUGGUUGUUGGCAAGAUAGCAAUCAACAGAGCAGGCCUCUUUCGUAUAUGCAUCCGAUGCUAUUGCAGUCUGAACAUUUGAGUCACGUCAGUUAUCACCAUCAAUUGGUUCCAGCACCAAAAGUAGGAUUUAAUGUUAAUAAACUCAAUAUUUUCGUAGUUAGAGCAUAGAAACCUUGUUUAUGACUUCCUAAAUACAUGUUUAAACAUUAUAAAGAGCCCUGUGGACAUGAAAUAAAACCCCUUUUUCACUCCUAUUAUUCUUUGUUCACAUUACAUUGUGCAGGCUACGGUAUCACUGCUGGGACACAACAGAAGGCCGUCACUAGCAUAGCAAGCUGCCGAGCUAGUAGUUAGCCUCUCCAAUUGAUUUAUUCUAAGCUUAAGAAAGUACUUCAAACGGAGUGAGGAAGACGGACAAAGAAGCCAAAAAUUUACCACAACUACACAGAAUGAGAGGAGAACCUUUUUUACACUCAGUCUCAGCCAUGGCAUGUCGGCUCGGCUCUGCUGGCUCAGUAGCCUCCAUGCAGUCUCCAUGCAGAAGGAAUAUCUCAUGCCUCAUAACAUUACUGAUGCCUAGAGAGUACUACAUACAGUAUAACAUGUCUUUCAAUAUCCAUCCAUCCAUUUUCUAUACCGCUUCAUCCUCACUAGGGUCGCGGGGGCAUGCUGGAGCCUAUCCCAGCUGACUUCGGGCGACAGGCGGGGUACACCCUGGACUGGUCGCCAGCCGUCUUUCAAUAUUUUUUGACAAAUAACAGGUCAUAGUCAACCAUGACAAAGCAAUCAUUUAUGAAUUAUUUUUUCAAAAACCAUGAUAUAGUAGAAAAGGACGACUGUAUACCCAACCUAUACAUCAUAAAAAAGUUUGUUUUGCUGUGCGAGACUUGAGGAAAGAUACUCACAGAUGUAGGCAAAAGUUGUUCUUGUCAUCCGAAAAUUGUUUUAAAAAUAUGUGUCAGUGAAACGGCUCACAUCAACGUCUCACCAAUCAUGGCUCCGACUCCUCACCAACACGCACCUCGGAGCAGAUGUGGCAGCAAGUUCCCCACAAACUGCCAUAGCCAAAAUUCUUGCCCUCUUCCUUCUUAAUCUUCUACAUGAAAUAAUUUGGUUAAGAAAAUGUUGACUCCAGUUGCACAUAAUUCUUGAAAUUGUCACAAAUUGCCACAGACCUCGAAUUGGGGUUUACUUCCAUAAACAGAAGGUACCGCGUGUGACUUUGUACUUAUCCAAGUCGCAUUUUUGGUAAUGUGAACAUCUACAUAAAAAGAUCAGAUUGUCACAAAAAAUUGGGCACCAUACCCUGCAGAGUGAACUGUCUUAUAUCCGGGUCAAUAUGUUUUUUGUCUUUUUUUAUUUACAAAUUAUAGUAUGUUGAUGUUCUGGCAAUAUGCGUUGUAUUUUAGCAAGGAACUGAGUUUGUCAUUUGGUGUUUGAGCUGAAAAAGAUUUAACAGUCUUUUUAACAUAUUUUGUUAUACCUUUUCCCUUUUUGACAUUAAUUUCUGACUACCAAGGCUGUUUUUUGUGCUGUUUGGUUUCCAGUGUGUUGGGUUUCUUUGUCUGGAAAACUGAAAAUAUUUUCAACACGCCAUCAUUGGACAUGCAAAGGGAGCGCUGUCAAGCAGAGUGACACCCGGUGGCCUUGUAGACACGACUACAGAUCUUUUGCACAAUGUAUGAAAUCCUGAAAAAGCAACAUAAAAAUAACAAAGUAUUUCACUGAGACCGAAUGCUAACAAUCAUUUUCCAUACACAGCUACAAGUGAUGUGUCUUACAUUUGACCAGAGGCCAGAACUUGUUCCAUCCAACCGUCCAAUCUUGUUUUUAUAUUUUCAUAAGCCACAUAGAGGUCCAGAAACAACUGGUUGCUUGGAUUCCCGGAACCAGAACCCUUUUUUUUUGGACUGAAGCCGUUCUUGUGUCAAGUCAAAUGUGAUGUAUGAAAAGCAAGACUGUGAAAUGUUUGUGAGUUUGUUGAUUUUAUGUUAACUGAAGUGAAUAAUUCCUACCUUUUGCUUGUAUGCGUUAAAACUGCAGGCCCGGUUCUGGAUUUCCUGCCUUUUACAAGUCUGUGAACCGCAAAGAAAAUCACAUUCUCGGCACAUACUGUUUGAUAGCUAAAGGGCGUCUGUUGUUGAUGUAUGUUGUUCUGAUAAACACACACACACAAAAAAGAAAAAAUGGUUCUGAAAUGUUGUGAGCAUGUUUGGUAAUGAAAAAUCUAUGACAGAUUAGUCUGUUCUUGUGAAGAAUCUUAUGUCCAAACUGAUAUAUAUAUAUAUAUAUACAUAAAAGAAAAGCACAAAUACGUUGAUAGUGUCUAAUGUUCCUCUACAGCUGUAUGAAAUUAUCCAAUAAAAUGAAAACUAUGGAAUUUCCCUCCAGAACAGCGCUGCUUCAUGUGUUCUUAAAUAACUACAUCAGAUGAGGAAAAUCCCACUGUCUCUUAAGUCGUUUUGAUUGCUAAAUGUACCUCAAGGUUUGAAAACUCCAUCUGCCUUCAAAGACUCUUUAGACCAGGGGUGUCCAAAGUGUGGCCCACCACUUGUUUUUCCAAUUGGCCCGCUGCACAUUGUAGAAAUAAAAUUGAGCCAAAAAACAGCAAAAAUGGGAAAUAUAAAACCAAUUAAUCAAAAAAAAAAAUAAAGUGGCCCUCUGCAUCCUUUCAUGUGGACACACAAAACUAGAUCCGAUAAAUUCAGCAGAGUGGGCAAGACCUGUAUUUAUUCUCAAUGACUGCUGUCACACUUUAUUAUGGAAUCCAUCC